UCAUUGUGAUGUUAGCAAUGGAGGACUGGAAAAGUUUAUCAAAAUAUUUUGAUAAUUUUGUUUCGAGUUGAUAUGUUAAGAAUGUUUGUACAAGAAAAUUGGAGACUGAAACUUGGCUGAAUGGUGUAAUCAGUGGAUAAAAAUGUCUGUAUAUAAAAAAAUAAAGAUGUUGUCUGUACAAGACAACAAUCAGUUAAUUGAGAAUGUGGAGCAAUUAGGAAAGCAGGAUGUUAGAGUAAAAGGAAGAAAAUUGACGAGAGCUGAGAAAUCAAGGAUUGCUGCUCAGGGCAGGCGAGACAAAGAAGCAGAGGAAAUGGCUAAUCUGAUAGACUUACUUCCCUUUGAAAAAUCAACUUUACAAAAAAUUGACAAGAAUUCUUUGCUUGAGCUGAUUUUGAACUAUUUACAAAUGAAGCAGUACAUUGAAAAGGAAAUGGCUACUUUGUCCCUGAAGGAUUCAGAGCCAGAGGACAAGGAGAAGCCCCCAAUGCCAGUAGUGAAGAAGAAUGGGACACACCACAUUGUUCUAAAUGGUAUGGAACAGUUUAAGGUGGAGGAGAGUCAGCUGAUGCUGGAAGCCAUGAAUGGAUUUCUGUUGUUACUGGAUCGUAAAAAGAAGAUUCUUUAUGUGUCAGAUGGUGUAGCCACUCAUUUAGGGAUUGAACAAGCUUUCCUUCUUGGUAAGAAGGUGACUAACUUGAUUCACCCCAGUGAUAUACCAGAAUUAAAGAAACAAUUCAACCUCAAACCUUGUGAAAUGCAUUGUUCUUGCCAAUUCAACCAGGAGAAUAGUGAUAAACAUGUCCCACAUCUUGAUGAUAACAGAGUAUUCUACCUCAGAAUGAAGUGUGUCAUGAAGAAAAAUGGCAUAAGGACAAAACAGUCAGGAUUUGUGUUAAUGCAGUGUUCAGGGCGAUUAAAGAUGCGAGCAACAUCUAGUCGAUCGAACAGUUACUCCAUAGAUGGUCUAAUUUGUAUUUGUCGUCCAAUGCAAACUAAUUCUAUCAUGGAAAUCAAACUAGAUGGCAGCAUGUUCAUCAGUCGUCAUGAUCUUGGCAUGAAGUUCACAUUUUGUGACCCAAGGAUUGCUACUUUGAUUGGAUAUGAUCCAGAGGAAGUGAUAGGGAAGACAGCAUAUCAGUUUCAUAAUCCACUUGAUGCUAAACUUGUGGGAGAUUGUCACCAGAAAUUGAUUGUAAAAGGAACUUCAGUAAGCAAAUAUUAUCGUUUCAUUGGAAAAAAUUGUGAGUGGGUUUGGAUGCAAACCAGAGCAACUAUUAUAUACAAUACAAGUAAUGUACCACAGUACAUUGUCUGCAUGAAUUACAUUAUCAGCGAAGAAGAAGGGGAGCAAUUCCUCAGAAUGCAGCAGGGUAACAUUCUCCAGUGCCUGGAUGGACGUCAAGCCAUUGAGCCAGCCAAAGCUCUGAAGAUGGAUGACCACCACAGUGACAUUGGAUACUGGAGUGGAAAUAGUCCGUACUCCAGUCAUCAUCCAAGUCCAGGCUCCACAGAUGGACAGAGAGCAGAAUCUCCGGAAACCAUGCCAUCUGGUAACGAGUUUCCAACAGGAGUUUUCCAGCAGGUCGUGAACACUAUUGACUCAGAGUGCAGUCGUCCUGAUGAAGUGAUGAAAAUAUUAGAAGAGAUCGAGAAAGAAGGACAGAAGCACUCAGCCAGCCAGAUCUCAUGUCCAAAAUCAUACAGUCCAAACCAAAUGGACACAUCGUCGAAUCAGAUUUCACAAUAUCAAAAUCUUGUGGACAAUAAUUCUCAGCCAGUGAGAAAUGACACCUUAAAUAACUUUCAGACAACUUCAGAGUCUAGUGGAUUUUGUGACAGCAGUACUGGAGUUCCAAUCCAAGCUCUUCUCAAUGUCCAGAUUGCUGCCCUUAAUUCCUCAGACUUUGUCCAAAAUAAUGCUGUAUCAGAAGCAUUGCCUCAGGAAAUAACUGAUUUCUGUAUGCAAUACUGUAAUUCAGUAAUGGAUCAACACAGCCAACAAGUUCUUUCAGAACUUGGGCAUAGUAAUUUUGUGACAGACUUUGAACAAUUUAGUAAUGAAAGUGAAGUGAAUGGUAUCAACCGCUGUGGCAUGAAUUUGAAUACUGCUGACACAAUGAAUGGACAGAUACCUGUUUCAGACACUGGCACCAUGCUGAAAAUGCCACAGACUGUGACAUCAUCAGUGGCUUCAACACAAUACCCACUACAAGUGGAGUCACACAUCGCAAUGCCAAGUACAACUGCUGCCUCCUACCAGUACCCUCUGUCAACUGAAUCCUGGAUAGCCUCUGCUCCGUCAUAUGUCUCUCAUCAGUCCCCAAUGUCAUCUGCUUGUUCACCAUUAUCAUCUGUUUGUUCUCCCAUGUCUGCAACAUCACCAUACCCUUGCAGUCCCCAUGUACCAGAAGUAGCUGGCUUUAUGAACCCAGAAGUUACCACUGCACCUUCCAACAUUCCUUUUACAAAUUCCAACUUGUUAUCAACUCCAGCUAAUGGCAUGGUGUCCCCAAACUCUUACAUGGUUCAACCUUUGCCGUCUCUUGGGAACACCAACAGACAGAACUCUCCGACGACUCAAAGACAUACAAGGGAUUCAAAUAUGACUGAGCUAGAAAAAGUGCUCCGUGGUUGUUCCACAAAUGCAAGUAUUUUUACAACCAAAAACAAUGAUAAGGAAUCCCAGAAUUCUACACUAUUGCAAAAGAUGCUUACAGGUCAGUUAACAGGGGAGUCUUAUCGUGCAAUGGAGAGGCAACGGAAGAAGUCCCUUAAUUAUCAGUCAUCAUAGAGUAAUCAUCUUUGUUUGUUAACUUGGACUUUUGUGUGGGUUAAUUCAUGUGUUCAGUGACAUUCUUAAGUCAUCAUUUAAAUACUUAAGUUAUCUGUAACAUUGUUUUUGAAAAAAUAAUAAUUGUGGAGCUACAUUUUCUUGCAGAAAAUUUUGAAAAUAGGGAGGUCUACUUUUAUUUUUGAGAGAAUGUUGCCUUCAUUUAAGAAAGAGAUUGAAAGAAUCCUUUAUUUAUUGCAGAGUUUUUGUGUGCACUUUUUAAACUGGUUCAGUUUGUUUGUUUUUAGAUUUUCAUUACAGAAUUUUUUUAUGUAAAGGAUGGUAAUGAAUUUGACACAAGUUUAAGCACUUGCAGUUAAUUCUGUAUGUGCUCUCAUUUCAAUAGGAUUCAUUAUAUCUUAACACCGUUUGUGCAAUGCUAUGAAAACCCUUAAAAUAAUGAUAAAUGAAUCUUAAAUAUAAAGAUGCUGCUAAUUUAUGAUUUGGCCGAUUAGUCCAAGGUUGUUUGCACUAAAUUUUGGUUUUUAGGAUAAGUGUACAAACAAUAUUUACCGGUAACUUAAUUUGUCUAUAGAACAGAUUUGCUUUGCAAUGUCAGGUAUUACUAAACUGUAACUAAAAGAGAGUAAUGUUGAUAUUGAUGGCUUUGUAGCUGAUCGUGCACUGUAAAUAAUGCUCAUUAUUGACAUUCCUACUUUUUGUGGUCUCCUCUGUCCUGCUUUAGAGGUUUUGCCUUUACACAAUGUGUGUUGAUGAUCUCAGUUCUCAUGUUAUGAUUUUAUAGUCCUUUUCUUUCUUUUUUUUUUUUCUUUUUAGAUCUGUCUAUACAGCUUUCACUCGAAACAAUUCCAAUAUAUUUUUAUAUGGAAUAAAAAAAAGUUGAACACUAUGUGUCCCGGAAACCUUAAUUAGCAUGUAAAACUACAUGUAUAUGACUUGUAUAAUCAGCCUGUGAUUUUUGUUCCAUAGCUUUUAUGGCACAAAUUAAAUUGUUGAUCUAUUUGUUAUUGUCAAAAUUUAUAUAAUCACAUAGCAUAUUGGAUCAGACAUAUAUAUAUAUAUUUUUCAUUUAUUCUAAAUAGACUAAUCAUUUACAUGUAUAUUCAUUGUCCAUAGUUAUUCACUUGUGAAACCUAUCUUUAUAUUUAUCAUAAUGUUUAUUCAUGUUACAAUAAAAGUAACUUUUGUAGAGUUGAUAAACACUUAGAGUAUAUUUUAGAUUCCACUGGGGAUUAAUGAAGAAAAAAUUGACACACACAAAAUUUUAUGUACAGCCAGGGAAAAAAAUAACUGUUCCUUAUGACAUACUAACCAUCAUUGUAUCUUUUAUAGUAGACAAAAAGCAAUGUUUUGGGGGUGGUUUUGAAUUUUUGAAGCUAGUUUGUAUGUUUUAAGGGUAUUAAUUCAGGUUAUUGCAGUGUUCAAAACAAUUGAAAUGUGAUGAUAAGUAGAUUAUUUAUACAGGAAAUGAUAUGGUUGGAACUCCUAAAUGUUCAUUUGAUAGAACAGUUGAUGCCUAUAAGAAAGGCAUCCCAGUCAUAUUUUUAGAGGGGUGGGGGUUGAGUAAUAAAAAACAUAAGGGACAAUAUACAUUUUCAAGCAGGAGUUCUGGGAUUUGUUUGGGGCUGUGCUGUUGUUUUGUUAUCAAUUUUAGCCACAAUUAAUAACUUUGUUUGCUGAUGCCACUCAGUUGAAGCUGCUUUACAACAUUUUGUUCCAAGACCACCAUGCUGUUUUUGUUAUUGUGUAAUGGAGAUAUAUAUGAUGCAAUAUUUUAUUUACAUGUUUCAUAUUUAUCAUGUAUAUUUUUACACAUUAUAAUCUGACAUGUUUAUUCAUAUGCAAACACUCUUCAAAAAAGACUGUAUUUUUAAACUCGCAGUGUAUUAUUUUUGUAAUCCAUUCAGUACAUAUAGAUCAUAUAUAUAUAUUUCCAUUUAUAGAUCACCAGUAGAUAAGCACAAUAAAUCCAACAUGCUCUAAGGAUUUUGAUGAUAUUAAAAAAUGAGCAUUCUCUAAGGGUUUUGAUGGUUUAAUAAAGACCAUGUUUCUUUUGUAGGUUUUCUUUUAAUCUUGAAAAAAAAGGAUAAACGUACAUCUGGGUUUUUCUCAAUCCUGAAUUAAUUUUUCAUAAUCAUUGUGGCAUAUGAGAUAAAUUUUGUAAACAAGGCAUAUGUGCCAUAAUUCCUCUAUCCUAGUGUACUGAUGGUUGGAAAUUCCACAUAACCAUCUGAAAAUUCAGUCAAAUUGCCUGUUACUGUUUAAAUUAUAUUUCUCUGUUUUAUAUUUAGGUUUACACUUUUUUUUCAAUUCAUUAACAUGAACAUGCUUGCUUCAGGCCACUGAUAUGCAAGAAAUUAAAAAUGUGUAUUGCCUUGUUUUUGGUUCAGUGUGUUGACUUUAGUAAUGUGCACAGUCUCCAUAAUUUUUGUAUUAAUGCUAUACUGGUAUUGGUUGUAUUAAGAGUGAUGAUUUUUGGUAUGAAAUAUCUCGCAGAUCAGAUUUCAGAUUUAAUAGUUUUGAAUGCAAAACUUUUGCACCUACCUGAUAGAUUCCCUGGGAAAACACUGACUGAAAAAAAAAGAUGUGUUGAACCAAAAAAAUCUUAAUUUCUUAGACAAAUCUGGGUUUUCCAGAUACAUAUAGGGACCUAUCAAAACCAUGUGAGUUUGGGACAUCUUUUGCUAUGUUGUUUUAAUGCCUCCAUAUAGGGUCUGGUAUUGGUUGUAUCUUCAUGGUUAGUGCUUUGUUUCAUACUCUCAACCUUUUCGUUGCUCAAGCUAGCAUAUUUUGAAUUAUUUAUGACAAUCAGUUGGUGACUCCUGCUAUUAAUAUGCUUUUCUAAUUUUCAUAGGCAUUAUUAUAUACAUACACAUAUUCUAAAAUGUUCUAACUUGUUUUAUGGUCAUUUACCUAGACAUAUUGUGAUUAUUUUUGUGAUUAAAAUUACAGAAUUAUA